UCAUAUAGUUUGAAACUAAAAACGUUUAGUCAUGGCGCCACAGCAAAAAGUUGAAUUUGUUAUAUUAAAAUUAACAUUUCUGCCAUAUGUUCAUCCUCAAUAUCCACGCAUAUCAUUAACCCACAAAAGACAUUCACCAAGUAGUUCAAUGACUCAGGUUCGCGAUUGGUUCGAUCGAAUAAUGUCCAGAGAAAAGUCGAAGAUCUCCCCUCAUCUUAGUGUGCGGUAUUGCGAGUGGAACAUUACCUCAGGCAAUGCUAAUCUGUUCACCGUCAACGGUUAUCGUUUUGAUAAAAUUCUCCUAGUUUUAGGUGAAGAAGUUAUUCACUGGAUCUUUUAUCAAAAUAUGCCAUUGCAUCGAAGAAUAGAGGGUUGUGGUCAUCUAUCCGUUAAUUAUUGUGGCUGCUGUCUGAACACCCAAUAUAUGAAAAUAAUGGACACUGUCAAGAGUUGUGUAAUGCAAAGAGGUCACAAUUAGCACUAAAUAAUUUACUUUUACGUUAAACGUAUACCAUAGGCGAUGUGAUAAUUUUGUAA